ACAUGAUUUUGUACAAACAUGAUUUGUUCCAAAAAUAUUUAGCUAAGAUAAACCAGCGGCUUUUGCUAAUUAGCUUUUAAUUGAAAAGCUUGUCUAUCUAUAAAUAAUUUAUCAGUGCUUUGUGGGUUUUUUUAAAAAAAUAUUUAUUGGCUCUUUAGUCAACCAAUGCUUUUGGGUAUCCAUAGUAUUUUUCCCAAAUUCAAGAUGUGUCACCUAUGUGCUCUCCGGUUAAACACUGCCAUCUUCUGGCAAUCUGUAUCUAGUGCAGGCAGACAAAUGUUAAUCAAUGACCAGAACAACGAGUGCAUUUACAAAAAAAUACGUAAGAAUACGGUAUAGUUUCUCGGUUAGAACUUAUUUUUUGCAAAUGUGGUUAUUUUAUAUAUAUAUAUAGUUCUGAUACCCAUUAAUUUCUUUCAAAAUAUCUGUUUAAGAGCUUUAAAGCAGACUACUGAUUGGUUUUAUUUGCCAUAAUUUACACACAAUUCUCAAAUUUAAGUUCGAAUUUUGACUCUUUCCGAUGUUCAUUUAACAAAUAACUAUUACUUUUGUAGAGAACCAAAACGAUGGGACGUCAUAUUUCCUAGCUUUUCCAAAGGUCCACAAACGCAACACUUCCCAAUGACCAGGCAUCACUUCCGGUAGAUGAGGUCAACGUUUCCCAGGAUCCGCCAUUUCGGUCUCGUAGUUUUUCACUGAACGUUUUUUUUUUUAAUGUAUCUACAAUUCCUCUUUGAUAAAAAUAAAACGAUAGAUUAAAAAAUCAACACAACUUUAAGAGACCGACGCUUUGAAACUGUUAGGUUAAAGUUGCUACUUUAACUUUUUUAUUUGUGCAGCGGCAUCGUAAAGUUAAACCAAAGUUUUGUAUGAGUUGCGGAUAGGGUGAGGCCUCAAGGCUCGGGCGUUUUUAUUUAAUUUUAUAGCUAUGGCCGGUAAUUUUGAUGCCGAAAAUCGUGAUAGCUGGUACUGGGGCAAGCUGAAGCGCAUUGAAGCUGUCUCCCUUCUACAGGGACAGAGACACGGUGUUUUCCUGGUCAGGGACUCCUUCUCCAUCCCUGGCGACUUCGUGCUGUCUGUUUCAGAGAACUCCAAAGUGUCCCAUUAUAUCAUCAACAGAAUCAGUAACAACAGACAGUCUGGUUCAGGUUUACCUCCUCCACAGUUUCGGAUUGGGGAUCAAGAGUUUGACGGCCUAUCGACCCUUCUGGAGUUUUAUAAGAUCCACUACUUAGAUACCACUACACUAAUAGAGCCUGUAAGCAAAGCUAAGAACACAAGUUUGGUCAGCUCGCCCAUAGUCUGUGUCCCACAACAGCCAGAAGAGACAGAAUUUGUCUGUGCGCUGUUUGACUUCCCGGGCAAUGACGAGGAGGACCUUCCUUUCCGUAAGGGUGACAUUCUCCGUGUGCUGGAAAAGCCAGAGGAGCAAUGGUGGAAUGCUGCAAACCAGGAAGGCCGAGCUGGGAUGAUCCCUGUGAACUACGUGGAAAAGUAUCGGCCUGCCUCGCCCCCCAGUGCUGAUUUUGGUUCUCCUAUUUUGGCAGCCGGACAGGGGGGUCAAACUGGAGUGAUAGUUGGCAGCACAGAUGGAACAGGGGGCACAGCAGUCAACCUAUUGGGGGAUCCAGGCCAGUACGCGCAGCCUGUCGUCAACACUCAGCUUCCUAACUUGCAAAAUGGGCCCGUGUACGCCCGAGCCAUUCAAAAGAGAGUCCCCAAUGCUUACGACAAGACGGCACUUGCUCUUGAGGUGGGAGACAUGGUUAAAGUGACCAAGAUCAAUGUGAAUGGCCAGUGGGAAGGGGAAUGCAAGGGCAAACGAGGCCACUUUCCCUUUACCCACGUGCGACUGUUGGAACAACAGCAUCCCGAUGAUGAAAGCUGAGGAAACCAAGCACUGCCACCAUGGCCUGCCAACAAGUCUUUUCAAAAUGUUUUUUUUUUGUUUUGUUUUUUUCAAAGAAAAUUUUUCACAAGCACAAGUAUGAACCCACCGCUAAGACCUCUCAGACCCAGCCAACAACUUGAAAUGUUGGUCAGAUGUCAUUUUCAUGGAUUCUAUUCAUGCGACAGUCCUGCCUGUAUUUGCUGCCUUUUUUCUAUUAACCCAACUAGUUUGGGACUCAUUUCAAACACAGCCACAGGAGAUCAAAUUCUUGCUUUAUUCUGGAUUUUCUAUUUAUUGAUGUGAGACAAUUGAACAAAAACAUUGGAAGUUUCUCUAAAAAAGAAAAAGUGUCCACUACAGGGAGAGCUUUAAGCUUAGCUCGAGGAUUAAAAAUGGAACAGUGUAAUUGUCAAGGCAUUUCUAAAAGAAAAAACUGUGUACAUACGUGUGUGUGUGUGUGUGUGUAUAGUCACUUGCUUAAACAGAUAUUUUUACAUUUAACCUGCUGCUGUUUAAAUGGCCUGCUGCUUCUGCUCCUCUUGGUUUUUUGCUGAGGUGACAAACAUGGCACAGCGGUGCAAACAACAACCAAACAACAUGUUUACUUGUUUUUCCAAUUUUUUAAUUUUCUUCUUUUUUUCUUGGUAGUUCUUGGUCAUUUUUGACACAAUAACCAAUAGUUUCAGGUUUCUUUUUAAAGAAAUAAUGAUCUUCAAAUUACCUUUUGUUUGUGUUGAGCUAAGGAUAAGAAUUGCUGAGAUGUAGAAAACAACACAACACUGACAUUUUGAAAAGUCUACAUUUUUGGGUGUGACAGGGGUUGGAUGGCUGGAUAAAUACAUCUUAAAGUGUACCAACACUGUGAUAACUUGUCAAAGUUGAUUUUAGCUCAUAUGCUAAGUUCAGUGUAGAAACAGUGCUGCGUUCAUUUUGUCAAUGUCGGCUUGUAUUUCAUAGAUCGACUAAUAAAAAUGAACACAUCAACCGAUAAAAUAACAUGUUCAUUCCAUUGUUUUAUCUACUGGAUAACAUCACCUAGAGCUGAACAAUGUAGACUGUAGUUAUUCACUAUAUAUAUGUAUGUAUAUGUGUGUGUGUGUGUGUGUAUAUAUAUAUAUAUAUAUAUAUAUAUAUAUAUAUAUAUAGUGAAAAGAUUAAUGAAGAUGAACUGUCACCGUUGUUGGGGCUAAAAACAAUUUGCAAUAUUGCAUAAAACUUGGACAAAUAAAAAGUAAAUUCAAAGUUACUGAACAAAUGUUAAACCUACAUAGAUGUACAUUUCAUGUGUAACAUUGUGAAGCAGCAUUUAAACACAUUCAGACACCAGCUGUCAAAGACACCAGUUUAAAAAAAACAAGCAACAGACUGCUCCAUCAUUCACAUUGCUCAAUAAUAUAGGUAUGUCUGAAACCACAGAC